UUAUUUGGUAGGUGUUGUUCCUCGAAGUUGUGAAGUUGGACAGAUCAAGAAAACAGAAAUGGAUAGAGUAGCGUACCAGAAGAAAGUGUCUGACUAUUUCUCUGCAGCUUGUGUUGAGAUGGCCUUACAACUGGCCAGAAAUACUGGAAUACUUGACGUCUUGUUCUCUGCAGAACAACCACUGACCUCCGUGGAAAUAGCAGAACAAGGGAAGCUUAAAGAAAGAUAUGUGAGAGAGAUUCUCGGAGCGUUGGCCGUUUCAGAAAUAAUACAAGUGGACGAUACUUCGACGAAGUUCCAUGUACCUAAUCAUCACAAAAAGGUUCUCCAAACGCUGGCAGUCAUCGGAAAGGCAGCACCUAUCAUAGGUUCGAGGAUGGAAGUGAUGACGGACAUUGUUUCCAAAGAUGGUCCAGCUGGUAUCCCGUUUGGUGAACCCGAGUUUAACUGGCUGAAAGAAACUAAAAUGCUUACACAAGAUGCUUUCAUAGAUGGUGAUCUCCUGGGCUGUUUACCUGAGAUCAAAAGUCAAUUAGAACAGGGAAUACAUGUUUGCGAGUUUGGCUGUGCUAAUGGAAUAGUACUUCUGAAUCUGGCCGCACGAUAUCCCAAGUCAACGUUCGUUGGCAGUGAUAUCUCAAAGUCUUCCCUCGACCAGGCGCAAAACGUGGCGGUAGAAAGAGGACUCGGAAAUAUUAAAUUUGAAGUUCAUGACCUGACUGACCUACCGGACGCCAUCAACAACUCGUUCGACUGGGUUUUUCUGCAGGACACCCUCCACGAUUUGCCGAGUCCCGGCAAGGCCAUGCAAGGUGUAAAACGAUCUUUGAAGAAAGGUGCAACCGCUAGCUUUGUUGACUUAGGAAUGCAAGGUAAAUUGGCAGACAACAGAGGCAAUUUAUUUUGGGCCCAGAUGUAUACAUUUGGGUCAUUCUUUUGUGUUCCUGGUAGUCUGGUGCAGAGCAAAGACGCAGAAGCAUUUGGUCCUUGCUGGGGUGUGGAGAAAACUCGACAGUUGAUUAACGAAGCGGGAUUAUCUGUUGUUAAGGAAGAUUUUAGUAGGCGAUCCCCCGGAUUUGUACAUUACGUAUGCAAGUGCGGGGUUAAUAAAGUUGGGGUGGAUUCAGAGUUGGCAAAAGUCACCACAAGCAAAAUAUAGAAACACUCGGCUUCGGUGGCAUCGUGGUUAAGCCAUCGAACAUAAGGCUGGUAGGUACAGGGUUCGCAGCCCAGUACCGGCUCCCACCCAGAGCGAGUUUUAACGACUCAAUGGGUAGGUGUAAGGCCACUAGACUCUCUUCUCUCCCAGUAACCGCUAACAAUUAACAAGUAACCCACUGUCCUAGAUAGACAGCCCAGAUAGCUGAGGUGUGUAUCCAGGACAGCGUGCUUGAACCUUAAUUGGAUAUAAGCACGAAAAUAUGUUGAAAUGAAAUUAAAUGAAAUGAAAAAGAAAUAAGGGAUCACACCAUUAUUAACAGCAAAGAAUGACUGAAACAAAAUCUGUCACCCACAGUGUCACGAAAUCAACAGUAUUACUGGCUUUCAAUCCCACUUUAUGUACAGACAUUGCGAUGCUAAUGGUUAAUUAAUUACGGUCUACUAUACCAAGUGUUCCCUUAGUUUUGUCUCAAUAUAUUUUACCGUUUCAUUUGGGAAAUGUUUGUGAAGCACACGCUAUCUUUGUAUUAUCUGUUUUUAAUUUUAUCUAUUCAAGAUUAUGACACGACUUCGUAUUAAAUUAAAUAAAACAGAAA